GGAGCGGGAGCCCCACGGAACGGCCCCAAGAAGCACAAGUGGGAGCUGGCGGCGGACCAGGCUGUUGUUGUUCUCAACGCGGUCCGCCCCGCGCCCAUAUAAGGGAGGCGACUGAGCCCGCCCCGCCAGAGCGCGGCGGCGGCGCGGAGCGGAGGGGAGCAGGAGAGCAGCGCGCAGGGCACGGGCCCCGCCACGCCGCGGCCGCUUCCGCCCGCCCGCCUCCCGCCUCCGUCCCGCGGGGGCCGGCACCAUGUCGGUGGAACUGGAAGAAGCCGAUCUGCCCCUCACCGAAGCGGAGGAGGCGCCGAUCUCCGCCGAGAAAAAGGCGGCAUCUAAGAAAGCGAAAGGCGGCGGCUCCUCGUUAUCGCCGUCGAAGAAGAGAAAGAACAACAAGAAGAAGAACCAGCCGGGCAAGUACAGCCAGCUGGUGGUGGAGACCAUCCGCAAGCUCGGCGAGCGCAACGGCUCCUCGCUGGCCAAGAUCUACAACGAGGCCAAGAAGGUGGCGUGGUUCGACCAGCAGAACGGGCGCACCUACCUGAAGUACUCCAUCAAGGCGCUGGUGCAGAACGACACGCUGCUGCAGGUCAAGGGCACCGGCGCGAACGGCUCCUUCAAGCUCAACAGGAAGAAACUGGAGGGCGGCGGGGACGGGGCCGCGGGCGGCGGCGCGCACAGAGCGCCCAGGAAGGCGGCGGCCGCCGCGUCCCGACGGGCGGAGAAACCCGCGGGCAAGAGCCAGAAAGCGGAGAAGAAAUCGCACAAGAAAGGAGCGGGCGGCGCGGCGGCCAGGAAGGACAAAGCCAAGAAGGCCGCCAAGAAGGGAACCGCGUCCCCCGCGGGCAAGAAGGUGAAGAAGUCCGCCAAGCCCAAGGCGCUCAAGGGCCGGAAGGCAUGAGGGGGGUUGGCGCGGCGCCGGGGGGCGCUCCCCGCCCGGACUGGGGGGCGGCGGCGCGGGCCGCUCUGCGGGCGGACCCGGGGGGGCCUCUCGGCGCCGUCCGUCGGGCCCCAUCCCCCUCCGUCUCGCUUCGUUUUCCCUCUCCUUUAACCUCCCCCCAUCCCGCCCUUCUCUCCCCGCUCUCCCUUUUGUUUUCGGCCUCGCCCCUCCCCGCUCUCAGCCGCUCUCUGGUCACCCCCGGCCCCUUUCCCCGCCGCCUCGCGGGGCUUUUUCCCGCCCUGUUUCCAUGGCAGCCGCUCGGCGCCCCCGCUGCCCCCGCGCCACGUGUGCCGCCUCACGCCGCCCCCUCCCCGCCCCGCGCUCCGGCCCGCGGCCAUUGAACGCACGGCGCCCCCUGUUGGCUCCCGACCCGCGGCGGCUGUUGCUCUUAAAGGGCCCGCGCUGCCCAGCGGCCCCCGGGGCUGGGGCUGGGGGGGGGUUCUGUGCCGCGCAGUCAGGUCGCGUCUUAAUGGCCUUUGAUUUUGAUUUUCUUGUUGUUUUUUUUUUCUAACCGUUUUGGGGUUGGGUUCGGUUGGUUUUUUGAGGGUGGGAGUUUUUUUGUUUUUUUUUUUUGUUGGUUUUUUUGUUUUUCCAUUUGUCGUCGUUUGAAAUAAAUUGAUAAUAAACUCGG